AUGCGAGCUUCAAUACCUCUAUCUCUAGCUUUUCUUUCCACGGUCCUAGCUCAAAAUUCUAUAACCGCAGCUCCCUCGGUCGUGACCGUGACAUCAGCAGCAAUCACCACUCCCGUAGCAGGACCUCAAGCUUACAUCGGUGCCAGUACCGAACCUGCCCUUGGCGCUUAUACAUCAUGGUUUUGUCCCCCAGGCCAGGCCUGGGUCCAGGUCGGUAACUACGCCCGCUGCUGCGACAGCAAUCAGUACGAAGAAUGCGGCAUUGCGACGGCGUGUUUGAGUACCUCGUUGAUGGUCGGGCCCAGUUCACAGCAGAUAUGGACUUGUUCGGGGACGGGAACACAGACUCUUUGCGUGACGGGGACGGUUUAUGCUAGUAUUGGCGCCACGGUUGGAGUUACGAAUUGCUGGAACGGCGGAAACUGGGUAGCCACAAGAGACAUAUCAAUAACGACAUCUUCAUCCUCUUCGUCAUCUUCCUCAACAACUCCCAUAUCUUCAACGCCCACCACACUACACGAAACCAGCAUUCCCUCAAGCUCGUCAUCCACUCCCCCGUCCACCAGCAAAGGUCCCCACGCGGGAGCCAUCGCAGGCAUAGUGUUCGGCAUACUAAUCUUAGUCGCCUUGGUGGCAAUAUCGCUCUUUGUAUACAGGCGUAGGCGGAAAGCAAAGAGGACCCCAGAAGCGGCGCCCGAUCCGUAUGUUCCUACUGCGUUUAUGUCCGAGCUUCCAGCACAGGAGCGGGAUGUAGGUGAGGCGUCUCGCUUUGGGGUUCAGAGGGGUAGGAAUGAGGAUGAGGAUGAAGUUUCGGUUGUGUCGGGGGCGAGUGGAGAGGCCGGUGGGGUGUUGCUUUAG